CCUCUAACGCUCAUAAGUGUCUUGAGACACUUAUUUUAUUUUUAAAUUUAAAAAAAAAAAGGGAGCUUUUUUGUCUUUCAAAUAUUGCUUGAUCGUUAAUAAAACAUUCAAAUUUACUGAGAAAAAAGCUUUAAAAGCUCUCCAGUGCUUUAAACGGUACUUUUUAUUUUCAUAAACACAAAACAUAUGUUUUUUCGCGCGUGUAAAUUGAUCUGCUGCAUGUGCUGUUGUGCAACAAUUAUUUUACAAAAUCUGUGAAAGCAAUCCAUUUAAAAUAAUUUUUUAUUGGAAGGUAUGUUUAUUUACAAUUAAAACUAGUUUACAAAAAUAAAAAUAAAUAAAAAAUGUGCGUUGUAGCUUAAAAACAGUGAUAAGUGUCUUGAGACACUUUUGGGGCUGCAAGCAACUUUUUUUACCAGCAGCUAUUUCACAACUGCUUGCAAUUUUGUGUGUACACUUAUUCAUUAUAUGGAUUGUUUUACUAGAAACUGACAUAUUAACCAUAUAAAGAUGGCAAACCGGGUACGAUUCAAAUUAUCCGAUUUAACUGAUGAACAGUUGUUGGAAUUGUUUGAGAAUGUCCCUUCCGAUGCAGAGUUAUCCGAGUCAAGUGACGACGAGGAAGAUGACUUAAAUGUGGCAGAAACUCUAAUAGCUGCUGUGGAAUAUAUUAGCACAAUAUCAUUUGCUUGUAAUGAUGAAGAGAAUGUGCCUGAUAAUGGUCAGUCUGAGCCUAUUAGGAAAUCCCUGAAAAGACAACGAUCGCCACUACCAACUAUUAAAGGUAUAACAUGCGUGGCUUUGCCAUCUUCUGGUGGCUUUACUGGUGCUGGUAUUGAAUCAAUAGCAAAGGAGCCGAGCAAAAUUUUGUGGCGACAGCAAUUUAUGCAAUUGCAUGUAAACAAUGUUGCUUUUCAAGGCGACUCUUCAUUGCCGGCUGAAAUAAUGAAUCUCAAAACUCCUUCAGAGAUAUUUCGCUAUUUUUUUGAUGCCAAAAUCAUGGAUAUGAUAGUGGAAGAAACCAUGCGCGCAGCUUUAGUGGAGAACAUAUCAACAAGAUUCCAAAUGAACAUUGAAGAUGUUCAUCAUUAUAUAGGAAUUUUGAUAUAUAUGUCAAUAUAUCGCUACCCGAGUAUGAGAAGCUACUGGGGAAGAAAUGCCUUUUUACCCAUUGCAUCCAGUAUGAACCGCACAAAAUUUGAGACAAUUAAACAGCACCUGUCAUUACGUGAUGAAAGCCAGCGGAUCAAAAAGGGACAACCAGGCUACGAUCCAUUAUUUCGCACUAGAAGACUUGUCGAUUAUCUUAAUACAAGAUUUGACUCAGUGCCAAAGCAACCACGCCUCUGUGUUGACGAACAAAUGUGUAGCACAAAGAUGAAACAUCACUUACGACAAUAUAUGCCCAAUAAGCCAUACAAAUGGGGUAUUAAGCUGUUCGUUUUGUGUGAUUCAUAUGGCUAUGCAUACCGAUUCGAAAUUUAUAGUGGAGCAGGCGAUAACAUUGUCUUACCUGGUCACCCAGAUCUUGGUGCUUCGGCCAACAUAGUAGUACGUUUGACCAAAACAGUACAAAGCUUUAAGCACCACAUCGUCUACUUUGAUAAUUUUUAUACCUCUUUGCCUCUAAUGGUAUAUUUGCGAGCAAAGGGUAUUUAUAGCCUUGGCACAGUACGUGCGAAUCGAAUCCCCAAUUGCAAGCUACCUGACGAUACAAUCAUUAACAAAAAGCCGAGAGGGUUUUCGACUGAGUUCGUAGGCACGUCAUACGGGGUAGAAGUCAGUAAUGUACUUUGGAAGGAUAACAAGGCCGUUCGCUUAUUGUCAACUUACGUAGGUGUUAAACCGUUUGCUACGGAAAGUUUAAGUGAAAGAACACUUAAGAUUGACCGUUAUGACAGGAAGAAAAAGCAACAUAUUGAAAUUGACUGUCCGCAAAUAAUUCGGGAAUAUAACUCACAUAUGGGCGGCGUUGAUCUUAUGGAUGGACUUAUGGGCCGUUAUCACAUCAAAGCUAAAACCAAAGAUGCUGCUACUCGAAUUUUUUAUCAUUGUAUUGACAUGGCAGCAACAAAUGCUUAUAUUCUUUAUAGGCGAAUUCAAAAACAAAACGCAAUCAGUGACAAAUUGAUGGAACUUCCCGAUUUUCGCGAGUUAAUCGCUGAAGGAUUGGUGGCUUUUAGAAAUAAAGCCCACGCAGGUCGUCCAGUCAGUACCGUAUCUCUACAAGACCAGAUGCAGUCACCAUCUUUGCGAACAGAUCGGUCACCUUUUUCACAAUCCCCACGGGCCCGACCAUCACAGCUUGAGCUUAAACUUGGAAAAAAAACUUUACACCCAAUAGCGGAAUUACGUUUUGACCAAGUCAACCACUUCCCAAAUUGGUUGGAUCGGGACAAUAAGAGACGGUGCAAGCUCUGUAAAUCAUCACAAACGCAAUGCAUUUGUGAAAAAUGUAAUUUACAUCUAUGCUGCACAUCAACAAAAAAUUGUUUUAAAACAUAUCAUAUGAAUAAUAAAAAUUAACAUUUCUAUUAAAUACGUUUUUUUUUUACUCUUAGAUGCCCAAGAGUGUCUUGAGACACUUAUUACCUUUUUUGCACCUGACGGCUAAACAAAAACUUCUAUAUUUUUUCUGAGUUCAUUUUUGAGUUUAGAAGCCUAAAUUUACUUUAAAAAAAAUUGUUCCAAUUAUUUUCCUCCAA